AUUAAUUAUGCGCUAAGGGCACAUAAGCGCGAUCCUUUUAUAGAAUUCAUCAAGGGAAUGCUUAUGACACCAUUUGUUUUGCAUGCCAAACCAGUUCCACCAAAGGGUGACUCAACUGAUAAUUAUGUAAACGUAGAUGAAAAUCAAAUGGAUGCAAAUGUUACUAGAUAUUGUGAUAUAUUGUCAAGUAUUGAAGAGUUGAUAAAUGAACAUAUUAGGAAAGAAAAGAAAGGUGUUCCUGAACAAUCCCGACUCAAACGUCUU